ACUAAAAUCAGCAAACCUGAACCUCCAGUAACCACUCCAAUCAGCAAAACUCAACCUACAGCUUCUUAUGGUUGUAAUAUUGUUAGAACUACUGGAGGCGCAAGUGUUAACAUAGAUCUAACAAAAGGGAAUGAAGAAGAUGACACGAUGGGGCGUAAGACCGUAUCAUAUAAAAUCUUGCCAAAUUGUAAAAAAGGUGCUUUAUCAUUCCGCUGGGCAAAAUGCAAUGCAAGUAUAUCCAAACCAUAUAUUAGUUCGUUGACUUGGGUUGUGUUAGAUAAAAACAUUUAUACUGAGCUUGGAAAGAAAAUACCAUCUUCCGAUGGUGGAGGAGUUGGUACAGUAGAUAAUCGGGACGAAAAAAUUAAUCCGCCAGUUAAAAUUACCCGUGAUACAAGACUUAAUGGAUUUUUAAAAAAAUUUGAUAUUGUAACAGACAAUGUUACAACACUUAUGUUAACGUGUGAAGGCACUGAGCAAAAGAGUAAAUUUAGUCUCUUCGUCAUACCAUGAAAAUAAUAUCUUAUGCUAUUUAAAAUUUAUUUUGGAUGAAUGAUUAUUAUAUUAUAUUCUUUAUUGUAUCUGG